AUGUUCUUCCUCAUUUCUAUCCGGUUCGACAGUGCCCAGCUCCACCGCCGGCGGCCGCGAGGCGCCGGCACAGCGGCACCCUCCCGGCACUGUCCUGUUGCCGCUUGGUGCAGAACGCCUGGCUUCACAGCAGCCUUUGCCCCUGGGCGGCAUCUGGCUCUUGCCUCGCCACCGCUUGCUGCUCGGCGCACGGCUGGAAGAGCACGAACUAGGAGCCGUUGUUUUUGGGGUGGUGUCACUGCCGGCUCUAAGGAUCAAGCGACGCACAUCCUCCACCUCAUGCUGGGUAGAACUUGACAGCAUCGAGCAACUUUUGGACCCCAUGGUCAACUCUACCAGGCUCUUUGCUUAGUAUCUCUGUAUCUGAAGGAAGAACCGUACAAUGCCGCACUGAAGUGUUCCAAGUGACAAUGUACCACUGAAUUAAACCAUCAUAUCCAGAAACCGAAGGCGAGGGCCGGCGGCCGGCGGGCGAAAUAAAAUUGACGAGCGAGAGAAGGGGAAGACACGGGACGGCCUAUUUUGGAUCUAAAGAUACUUGCCAUGUAUGGCUGCCAAGGUGUCAGUCUUAGUCAUAAAAAACCGGCCAUGUCAGCAAAUCUGGUUUUAGAUAUGUGUAAAAGGUGUGUUUUGAUCUGGUUUAGCAAACUAGGGGGUUAAAUAAACUAUUUUAUUGUUUAGGGGUUAUUUGGACCUACCAUAUACUUGGAGGCGGUAAAUUAGACUUUUUCCUUUUAAUUUCGAAGGUGCCUUUUUAUCCCUAUUUUGUGUUGUAAUAUAUUUCUAAAUUUUAGUAGAUCUAAGACCGUGAAAGCAUUUCUGAAGACAAAUGCACAUGAGUAACUUGUAUUUUCCAAACAGAAAUGUAUUUUGAAGUCAUUGACGUACAAGCUUUAAAAAAUCUAACCAAAUGGAUUAUUUUAUAAAAGGAAAAAAAUGUUUCCUAUAUUGCAAGGAACUAGUUUCCAUUUCUUUCCUAAAAGUUUACAUGGCACAUGUUUAUAGAUUGCAAAUUUUAGUUCCCUUCUUAAGGCCUAACACAGCAAGAUAUAUUGAAAAUAAAGAUGCAUAGCCUGGACAUAGGCACGUAGCAAUAAAAACUUAACCGAUAGCACUACAAAUAUCUUCUGCAUGUCCGAAUUACCAACGAAGGCAUGCCCAACUCCGAUCAGAAGUUUGAAAACAAGGCAACGAGUUUUCAAAAUUCAAAAGAGUUUAAUUCACAAGACGAAAGACAAGGCCUAUGGUUAAUUUAGAGAUCCUAUAUUACCGGGUGCUCUCCUCUCCUCAAUCCCAUCGCUCUCCUUGUUCGCUCCGGGCUCCCACUCCGACUCGAUCCCUUCACAAAAACACCUCCAUAUGCAUGCACCUCCUCACCGAUGCUGCCGCAAGUCGUUCCGAAUUCGUCUUUCUUUCCCGGAGCUCAUCACAUCUCGAGCGCGCGUUGAAUUCCUGAUGCGAGGAUAGGAAUCGAUCGACCUGCAGCUUCCACACACGCGCCGGUGCAGCGGUCUCUAGUCGGCGUCGGCGUCGGCGUCAGCUGGGAACGCCGCCGGCCAUGGCGAUGUCGGCUUUGUCAACGUCCGCCCUGAGCUCUCUGGAAGCGAUGCUCCAGUCGCUGAUGCGAGGAUCAGGAGGAGGAGGCGGCGACGACGACACGCCCGUAGACGACACCCUCGCCUCCCCGCCGCCGCCGCCUCUACCCGCACGGCCGACCCCACGAGGCCGUCGUCCCUCGCGUCGCAGAGUCCGGCCCGCCGCGGCGGCGCGUACAUUGAUGUCACCGCCGCCGUCGUCGUCGCGGUCACCGUCGCCGUCACCGCCCAAGGAACGGGAAGACGCUAGGACGGAUGAUGUCUCGCUGCUGGUGGAGGGGCUGGAGAGGAAGGCGGUGGAGUUGGAGGCGCAGCUGCGGCGCCGCAGCGAGGAGGAGAACGCCGCGCUGAAGCGGCGGAUGGAGAGCUACCACAUCCGGUGGCUGCAGUACGAGAUCAGGAUCAAGUCCCUGGAGGAAGCCUUCCACGAACAAAUGGCCGCUCUGCAGCUGGCUCAGGACGCGGCACGGAGGGCCGAGGAAACGGCGGCGUACGACCACCGCGAAUCCUCGGAACACCACGUCGACGCGCCCGAGGACCCGCCGGUGAGGCUGUGGCACGGCCGGGACCGCAUGGUGGUGGGCGCCAGGCGGAGCGCGGUGAGCCGCCUCGGCGCGGAGUUCCGGCGCCAGAGCCACACGCUGGAGCGCGGCGCGGAGGCGCUCGUCGCCGAGGAGCCGGCGGCGGCCGCCCCGAGCGGCGGCUGCCCCUCCUCCUCCGCCGCCGACGACCUGAAGAAGCUCAAGGCGCAGUUCCGCGCAUGGACCAAGGACUACAAGGCCCGGCUGCGCAGGACCAAGGCCGAGCUCGGCAGCAGGGACGCGCGGCGUCAGGGCAGCUGCUGGAUCUGAACCUGUCACGUAUGGAGUUCGUCUAUGAAUGAUGGUGUGAAAUUUUAAUUCAGAGAUUCGACGAAUUUCAUGAAAUCGAUUCAAAUCUU